GAAAAUAGAAUGCAUUUUUGUUUAUUCAUUGCUAUUUAUUGUUUUGUUAAUUUUAUUGCAUAUUAGCUACAAUUUGUCCUAUAAUAUGAAAUUUCCAAAAUAAUGUUUAACAUAUUUAACAUUUUAGUUUUCUUUACUUUUAGUUACAUAUUGGCGGGACAUCGCCAUUUGUGUUCUUCCGGUCAUGCCACUGAGGGGUAUUCUUUGUCGUGUGGUAUGAGAAUUGAAUUCUUCAGUUCAUAGCUCACAGCUCACUGACUUGUAGUUAUUCGUUGUAGGUGGAUGGUGGAGUAGAUAAUAAUUUAUCCGAACUUAACAAUUUGUUUAACUUAACACCAUGGGUGAUGAUUGGGAUGAUUUUGGAGGGACAACAGCUGUUGCUCAGCAUAACCCAGCAGAUAAAGGUCAUGCAUUGAUGGGUCGAGGCCGUGGUAUGUCGUUCCUGACCCAGGGUGUUGGAGGCCUUUCAGUAAACUCGGGUGGUGAUGAUGGCUGGAACGAUGACCCAACACCAUCAUCUGGUGGAUUUUACAACAAUAGUUCUCGUGACGAAGAUGGAGGCCGUGGACAUGGAGGAAGGGGCAGUCGCGGCGGGGGGCGGGGUGGAAGAGGCGGUCAGAGACGUUUUGAUGAAGAUGGCGGUGGUGGAGGAUUCCGAAGGAACAAUGACAAAGAAGGUGGUGGUGGCGGAUUCCGGAGAAGGAACGAUGAAGAGGGCGGUGGCGGCGGAGGAUUCCGAAGAAGGAACAAUGACGAAGAGGGCGGUGGUGGCGGAGGAUUCCGAAGAAGGAACAAUGACGAAGAAGGCGGUGGUGGUGGUGGAUUCCGGAAAAGGAACGACGAAGAGGGCGGUGGUGGUGGUGGAUUCCGGAAAAGGAACGACGAAGAGGGCGGUGGUGGUGGCGGAUUCCGAAGAAGAAACAACGACGAAGAGGGUGGUGGCGGUGGCGGAUUCCGAAGAAGAAACAACGACGAAGAGGGUGGUGGUGGUGGUGGCGGAUUCCGAAGAAGAAACAACGACGAAGAGGGCGGUGGUAGUGGCGGUGGAUUUCGGAAAAGGAACAACGAUGAAGAUGGUGGUGGAGGGGGUUUCCGUCGACGUGAAGAUGGUGGCGGUAAUGAAGAAGGUGAUGAGAAGCCAAAGGAACGGUACAUUCCUCCAGCACCAACGGAAGACGAAAGCGAGAUUUAUGGUUCUGGAAUUAGUAGCGGCAUUAACUUUGAUAACUAUGACAGUAUCCCGGUCAAGGUGACGGGAGACAACAUUCCACCCCCCAUCAAUACGUUCGAAGCUGCAAACCUGAGGCAGUUUGUGAUGGACAAUGUGCUGAAGAGCGGCUAUUUGAAGCCCACGCCGAUCCAAAAGCACUCGCUACCUAUCGUCAUGUCAGGAAGGGACUUGAUGGCUUGUGCCCAGACUGGCUCUGGCAAGACUGCAGCAUUCCUGGUGCCCAUGAUCAACGCCAUGCUGGAGGAUCAGCGGGACCUGGUGCGCUCGGGAGAGCACACGGAGCCUCACGCGGUGAUAGUCGCCCCGACACGCGAGCUGGCCAUCCAGAUACACGCGGAAGCCCGCAAGUUUGCGCGCGGGUCCAUCGUGCAGACACGCCUCGUGUACGGCGGCACGGUAACCGGCCAUCAGAUCCGCCAGCUCAUGGAGGGCUGCCACAUCCUGGUGGCCACGCCUGGCCGCCUCAACGACUUCGUCAACCGCGGUCUCGUACAAUUUGGGUCCAUACGCUUCGUGGUGCUGGAUGAGGCCGACCGUAUGUUGGACAUGGGCUUCUUGCCAGACAUCGAGAAGGUCAUGAGUCAUACGACUAUGGUCCCCACUGGGGAGCGGCAGACACUCAUGUUUUCGGCCACCUUCCCGUCUGAGAUCCAGCAGCUGGCUGGCAAGUUCCUGCAUAACUACCUGUUUGUGUCGGUGGGCAAUGUGGGCGAGGCCUGCACCAAUGUGCAGCAGAUAGUGCUGCAGGUGCCCAAGUUCGAGAAGAGGAAAACCCUCAAAAACAUUCUUUCUGAGCAUCCUGAUGAAAAAACUCUAGUCUUUGUGGAGACGAAGCGCACAGCAGACUUCAUAGCCAGCUUUCUAUCGGAGCAGAAUGUGCCAACAACAAGUAUUCAUGGAGACAGAUUGCAGAGAGAACGCGAGGAAGCACUGUUUGAUUUCAAGAAGGGCACAAGGAAUGUGCUUGUGGCAACGGCUGUUGCAGCCAGAGGCCUAGACAUCAAGAAUGUGGCGCAUGUGGUGAAUUACGACUUGCCAAAGGCCAUCGACGAAUAUGUGCACAGGAUAGGCAGGACAGGGCGUGUGGGCAACAGAGGCAAGGCAACCAGCUUCUACGACCCGGAGAACGACGCAGCGCUAGCGGGAGAUCUGGUCAGAAUCCUAUCUCAGGCUGGCCAACCUGUGGAAGACUUCUUGCAGAAUGCUGGUGGAGGCGGAGGAAGUGGUUACAGAGGUGGUGGCCGCUUUGGUGGCAGAGACAUUCGCAAGUUUGAGGAUGAGGGCAGCAGCGCCCCAGCCAGCCAUGUCGAGCCAGAGGAAGAGUGGUAGCCUUGUGGAGCAACAUUGCCCGACCUCAGAAGCCUUCCUCAAGAUUAGUUUGAGGCUUGGGCAAACAUUUUAGCUUAAACUUUGUUGAUCUGUUGUUAUGGUGCACUGAACAUAGCUUAAAAGCCCUUGCAAUCUUUUGCUCAUUUUUUCCAUUUUGGAUUACAUACAAACCUUUGUGGUAUUUCUGUUGAUUUAAAUUAAACCCAAAAUUUUUAUGUGCAUGGUUAUAUAAACACAUUAGUAAUAUUGACACCAACUGUUUUUGUUUUAAAUUUCUAUAAUAUCAUGUAGAUUUUAGAAUUAAAAAAUUAUUUUUAAACAUCUGUUGAGAAAUUGGACAACAGACUAGUGUCUGUGAAAAGACUUGUUCAGAUAAAACUGUAACCUUCUGACACCUAAUGAAAUUCAUAGAAAUGCUUGUGUGUGAACACUUGGUUGCAUAAUGUUUUCUUAUUUUUUUCUUCAUUAAUUAGGAAAUCUCUAAGGCUUUUUAUAGUUAAAACUAACUAGAUUAUUGCUAUUGUGUUACCACUGGUUUCUUUGCAUUCUAGCAAACUGAAAUCGAAAGCUGUUUUGUAGUUAAUGAAAAUUGUUAUACAUUCAUUAGCUAUCUGUGAAUAUGCAUUUAAUUUGUUUCCUUGUGUUAAUGGUUCGAACUGUAGUUGCACUACUUGCAGAAAAAAAUUUUUGUUUGUACCCAUCUUUUGUUAACAAAACUUGUUACUAUCACACUAGUAAAUCAGUGGGUGAUAGUUAAGUUUAGUUAAAAUAUGUAGUAUUAUUUUAUGGUUAACAAAAAUUUUGGGAUUUUUACAGUAUGUAGUGAAUUUCGCAGAAAUGUUUACAAUAUUCAUAAACUGCAUAAUCAUGGCUCUACUAUUAUUCUUAUGAUUACCUACCUCAGGGCCAAAGUAUUUAGUAUUUUUCAGUAUUGGUGUCGGAGCAUCUCUUAAUCAAAUUGUGCACAAUUUAAGUUCCUGUUAAGUUUUUGUCAAUCAGUGAGUAAGUUUGUGAUAAAGGAAGACUUGACAAUUUACAGAAGUGUAUUUUUGUAAUUUUGAGGAAAUGUGUGUUAGUAUGUAUUGUGAUGCUUAAUAAUUUCAGAAUAUUUUAAAAUGCAACACUGUUAAACUUGUGUAUUAAAAAUUUUAAAACAUUUGUGUAA